UUUCAGGACAUACUGUAUGGGUUGUAGAAUGACAAAAGCAAAGAGAACAAAGAAAAAUGUCCAAAUAGAUGAGAACCACGUUGAAUGCCUCCCUGAAGACUUAGAGACAAUGAAAAGGAAGGAUUUGCAAAAACUUUGUAAAAAAUAUAAAUUAAAGGCGAUAGGCAAGGUAGAGUGUUAGACUUGCCAAAAUAGUACCGUAAUCAUGUAAUGCAAUAAUGCCAAACUGGUGACAGGCAGAGUUUUAGCCAGGUCUCUAAAAUGGACCAAUCCCCAAUUAACCAAAAUUUUCAUCUCACAAGUCUAGACAAAAUUCCAUUACAGAAUGAAAGAGCAUCACAAAAUUAGUAAUAUUCCAAAGUGUCGUUGCAAAAUGGUGUAAAAUGCGGAUACUAUAACCUCGCGAAGUUUGUAAUUUUCAGUCAUUUUGUAUUACGCACGGAAGUGGUAACCAUUUCCCGUUUGUAAUACAAAAUGACUGAAAAUUGCAAAUUUCGCAAGGCUAUAUUAUCCGCUUUUUACAACAUUUCGCAACGAAACUUUGGAAUAUCGCUAAUUUUGUGAUGCUCUUUCAAGCUGUGAUGAAAAUUUUGUCUAGACUUGUUGAGUUCAAAAUUUUGAUUAAAGGUGAUCUACAGUCUGAUCUGCGCAUGUGCACAAAUGAGCCCACUUUUUAUGAUACAAACAGUUUAACUAUGUUUUGAGUUCUUGAAAAGCCUGAUUGUUGUUUCUUGAUCAUUUAUUACACUCUAGAAGCUUGAAAAUAUAAAUAGUUGUCGAAUAAAGCUCAAUAUUUUGGACACAAAAAUGUAAACAAAAGGCUUUGUUUACAUACGGAUGUAGAUCACCUUUAAUAUGGGAUUGGUCCAUUGGCCGUCCAAAAAAUACUGUGGGUGUGGCAACCUAUUUACCUAAAUUGUCAUACACUCAUGAUUCAGCAUCUUUCGAGAAAAAAGUAUCGAAACGUAUUCGAUAUCUAAAGUAAACGACAACUUUUGAGGUAGUCAUUCAAUAAGAUCUUUAGUUAAUUUAAACCUUGCGAGUCGUUGUUUUACCCAUUGAGCACCAGCAUUCUCUCCUUGAUGAGAAAAAUCGUUUGGCGUUAGACUGGGUGAAAUAAUAUAGUAGCGUGCAGGGCUCAAAAUAACGAGAGAUAUAACGGUGAAACAAACUAUUACAAGCUUGUUUCGAUACAUCAUAAUUUCAUGUUUUAUUCAAGACGUCGGCAAUCACAUUGGAAGGCAUGAAAAUGUGGCCGGUCAAAUUGACCGAUGAGGUAAAAAAGUGACCGGUCAAGAGGCAUUUUUGGCCGGUCAUUGUCCGUUGACCCGCCGUUAUUUUUAGCCCUGGUAGCGUGCAUUAGGGUGCAAUAAUGCAAACAGAUGUCAAGCUAACAAGUUCCAUACAGAAUAUCUUGCUUUGUACUUUUCGUAGAAUUCCGACCUCGUGGAAAGGCUGCGUGAGCAUUUCAAUUCAAUACAACUGACAGACAUUGGCAGCGCUGAGACAAGCAAAGCCCAAGAGAACAUUGUCGUUGAGGAUGAUAACUGUAAUGAUGUCGAUGUAGCGCCAAAUAAAGUACAUCAAGAUGAAUGCGAUGAAAAUGUCGAUGCAUUAUCACCAGCCGAGAAACUUCUUGAAGAAACGCGUUCACCUAAAUCGAAUACAUCAUCUCCCAAAGGUAACAUUAUUGGAAAAUUAGUGCAUUAAAUUCAAGGGUGGGUAGUAGCGAAGUGGUUGUAGUUCGCUACUGUAGCGAACUACAAUUUUCAAGUAGCCAGUAGUUUUUGACUACUUUAUUAAAACAGUAGCUGUAGUUAUAGCGAACUACAUUUUGCCUAAAAGUAGCCAAGUAGUUGACUAAUUUUCAAACGGCAAAUAGCUAUUCGCUACUUUUUGAAAUUGUUAGCAACUUUAUAGAAUAGCAUGAUAUUGAAACACGGUUUGCUUAAAAUCAAUCCUCAAUAGUGAAUUUGCACUCUUGAUCACUGUAGUGCUUACAAAAAUGUUGCUUUGUGUUUACUGUUGCUAUUCUCGUAAGUCGAUUUGUUAUAGGUUACAUUUCAGCCUGAGUUAGGAGAUGCUCCAAAUACAGUAAAACUAAAAAAUAUAGCGUAGCGAAAUAGUUCGCUACAUUUUUUAAGCAGUAGCUGUAGUCAGUAGCGUCAUAAUUAAAUAAAUAAACAGGGUGUUAGCCAGAAGUUUAAAAAAUUCGGCAAUUUAAUGAAAUUGGGAAUUUCAGUUAGCCUGCGACAUUCUGACUGGAUUUAAGGAAUAUCGUGUUUCUUAAGUGACGUUCUCGUGGCCUAGCGCCAGCUGAACUAAAUUGAAACUUUUGAAGUGCAAGUGACAUUGUUUUGCGUACUAAAAUCAGACAAAUAUAUAUAUUUUUUAGGCUAUAUGAUAUCCUAGCAAUAAUAGUAAUAUAUAUAUAUAUAAUAGUUACGUUUUUGGCUGAUCUAAAUUGUGAAAUUGCUGGCCAAACGUAAUUAGCCUUUUCUCAAAAGAGAUCACAGUGCCUCCUGGGAUCGUUUGGAGGGACAAAAUAUAUGGAGACAGACUCACAGGCGUCAAACGUGUGAAAGAGUAGAAGUAUCUACCAUCAAAUAUCGACUUUUUACACGACCAAAAAUGAAAUAUCUCCUUUUUACAUUAAACAUUUGAUUUAAAUGUGUGCUGCCAUAUUUCUUGUCCCUCCAUGCAACAAGGGAUUCGCGCGACUAGACCCAGGACGUUGGGAAAUGGCUAAUUGUAAAAACGGCGUAUAACGCCGAAUUUUUACUGUAUAGCUGACACCCUGAUAAAGCGCAUUCCAGCUUAGUGGGUUAGCAAUCAAUAAAAUAGAUUUAUAAUCUUUGGCAUAUGAUAACAGAUUGGAAUUGGCUAGCACGAUGGUGUGUCGUUGAUGGUGUUCUGAAACAAGAUGCCGCAGAAAGAUGGGUUGAACUCAAACUUGUUGGUGGACGGCCGUUAAUAGUAGACAACAAAACAAAAGAACGUUAUGACUUCGUGUUAGAGCCAACCAUACUACCUACGCCAGACGAUUGCGAGGAUAAUUAUAUAUGUGGUGAUUGUGUGAGGAAGAACCAUGAGAAGUUGUCUGGUUGGAUAGGUAUAAGGAAAAGUGCUCUCGUUGAAACUCCAAAAUCUUCUUUAGGUAGGUAAGGUUUCCAGGUUCAAUAUGGAUGAUUUCGGCUAUAGACGAAAUUUUGAUUUUUUGACAAGAAGAACGAAAACCAUUACCAUAGCUGGAAAGAGCAUCUUAAAAUGAGUAAAAUUGCAAAGUUUGGUUGCGAAUUGUUGUAAAAUGAGGAAAAUAUAGCCCUGUGAAGUUCGCAAAUUUUGUACUGUAUAUACUUGCAUCACGCGCGCGAAAAGUAACCAUUUUUGCGAACUUCACAGGGCUAUGUUUUUUUUAGUCAUUUUACAACAUUUAGCAACCAAUCUUUGCAGUGUACUCAUUCUAAGACGCUCUUUCUAGCUGUGUUGUUGGAUUUCGUUCUUCUUGCCUUGAUCAAAAUUUAGUCAUGUAGCUGGAAUCACUCAUUAAAGGGUUUGAAGGGUUUAAUUCUUGAUAAUCUGCAAAAUUGAAACUUGAAAGUUUGUAAGUCACAUAAAUAUCAUCUUGAACUAUAUCUGUGCCAGUGUAGGCAGUGCCAAUAAUAUUAACAAGCCUUCGUUGGUAGGGAUGCAACUGCCUGAAAAAAAAUAGAAGAAUUUCGACGCUAUCCAGUAUAAAUAAAGUUAGUUUUGUUUAGGUUUCUUCCUGUAGUAACACUGGAUCAACAAGAGAUGAUCUCUAGGAAGAACAGACCUCUAGGAAGAACAGUUUAGAACUGAUAGAGCUAUCCAGUAUAAAUAAAGUUAGUUUUGUUUAGGUUUCUUCCUGUAGUAACACUGGAUCAACAAGAGAUGAUCUCUAGGAAGAACAGACCUCUAGGAAGAACAGUUUAGAACUGAGAGCUAUCCAGUAUAAAUAAAGUUAGUUUAGUUUAGGUUUCCUCCUUUAGUAACACUGGAUCAAUAAGAGAUGAUCCUUACUGGACCUCUAGGAAGAACAGUUUAGAACUGAUAUAGCUCUCCAGUAUAAAUAAAGUUAGUAAUACUGUGUAUUGCACUGUUCUAAAUGCUGUAUAUUCCUGGUUGUAGGCAAAGAAAACCUCCAUAACAACAGUCUAUUAAGGCAAUCAUUUAAAAGAAAGCGAGAAGAUGUCUUAUCACCGCAUUCCACAUCCGAGUUUAUUGACCUGGUUGACAGUCCAAAUAAACUGAGGCGAUUAAAUCCCCAGAGUUGUUCUCCAGCUAGCCCGCAAGUCAGGCGGGACAGGGGAGAAGACUUUCAAUUACCAAAGUAUGUAUAGCUACUGUUUAUAUAUGUGUUGCGGUAGGAGAAUCUCUAUCCAACAUCAAAAAAGUUUCUGUUUGCAGUUUAGGUUUCGUCUUGUAGUAACCGGCACUGGAAAAGGGAGAAUAGUUUAGAACUGAUAGAGCUAUCCAAUAUAAAUAAAGUUAGUUUAGUUUAGGUUUCCUCCUGUAGUAAAACUGGAAAAAUAAGUAAUGGUUCUUACUGGACCUCUAGGGAGAACACUUUAGAACUGAUAGAUUGAGCUAUCCAGUAUAAAUAAAGUUAGUUUAGUUUAGGUUUCUUCCUAAAAAAGUGAUAGAUCUAUCCAGUAUAAAUAAAAUUAGCAGGGUUCGUACGCGUCCUGGAAAACCUGGAAAGUCGUGGAAUUUCGAUAUUCCAAAAUCCAGGCCUGGAAAUCCUGGAAAAUCAAUUUUAGUCAUGGAAAGUUAUGGAAAAUUGAAAUUUUACAUAACAUUGACAAAGUAUUUUACUUAUUUCAAUUUACCAGUCAUAACAAUAAUAUGAAUUGCUGUUAUACGUACAACGGAUUUUUGCAAGAGCGAAGUGAAUUUUGUUCUUUUAUUAUAUCUGUUAUCGUUAAAAUAUUAACGAAUUUCAGAAAUUCCAGACUUCCAGGUCAUGGAUUUUGAAAAAAAUGGUCAUGUGAAGUCAUGGAAUUUUAAAUGGAGAAGGUGUACGAACCCUGAGUUAGACUAAGGUUAGUUUUUAGCCGUUUCCGAACGUAUAGUAACACUGGACAAAUAUGGAUAUCUCUUACUGGACCUCUGGACUGAGUCUAGAGAGAUCAGUUUAGAACUGAUAGAUCGAGUUAUCAAUAAUGUUGUUUUCGUUGAGUUCCUUACUUUGAGACCUUUCUUUUCCCAAGGAACCUCGUAAAACCUUUCAAGCCCAAAAAAGUGAAGAAAACACCACCGAGGGAAGAUCCGGACCUCGCUCAAAAAGUUGAGAAAAUCAUAACCGACUUAUCACCCGAAGAACAGCGUAACCUGGUCUUCGGUCUCGGUCAAACCGCCUUGCCCAGGUCACCACCUCACACGAAAAAACUGAAGGAGUAACAAGGUAUGAUAAACAAUCGUAAAAAAAUGUAGAAGUGACAGAUCGGGAUACAAGGAAAUGAGGAAAAGGGAAGUAUGGAUCAUUUUUCAGCGCCAUUUUAAAUUAACGUAAAAAAAUUUGGGGAAUAGGUGUGGAGGAUAUUGCAAUGAAGAUUAGGUUUUGUCUAGUUUCAAAGAAUUCGUUUAAACGCCCGUUUACACUUCGAUAUUUUUAGUGCGAUUUUGUUCUUCUGAUGGAUGUGAACGAGUGGAUGAGUUAUGAAUGUUCAGAUGAGGGGACAUGUACUCGAUUUUCACUCGUUUCCAACCAUUAAACUGACGCUAAGUCAUUUGAUCAAUGGACCUAUUACCAAAUGAACAAAAUUUUGACCUAGACAAGUCUACACAAAAAUUUCAUCACAGCUUGAAAGAGCAUCACAAAAUUAGUAAUAUUCCAAAGUUUCGUUGCGAAAUGUUGUAAAAUGCGGAUAAUAUAGCCCUGCGAAGUUUGCCGUUUUUCAGUCAUUUUGUAUUACAAACGGGAAAUUGAUACCUUUUUUCAGAAGGCGGUAUCAAUUUCCCGCGCGUAAUGUAAAAUGACUGAAAAACGGCAAACUUCGCAGGGCUAUAUUAUCCGCAUUUUACAACAUUUCGCAACGAAUGCUCGGAAUAUUACUAAUUUUGUGAUGCUCUUUCAAGCUGUGAUGAAAUUGUUGUCUAGACUUGUCUAGAUCAAAAUUUUGUUCAUUAUAGGUAAUAGGUCCAUUUCUAAAGUUUAUCUUUUUGGAUUUUUUUUAUUAUUUUGGUUAGGGUUAGGCAGCAAAAAAUUGCAAGUCAGGCCUUAAUGAUACCCUAUAAGGUGACGUUCUUUAGUUGUGACAUUUUAUUUGUGGCAGUAACGGUUCAUGGGUUACGUAAGUAUGUCGGCUACCCCAUGAGGUUAUCUGAUGGUGAACAGAACUCACGUGGGCGCUUCAUUAUUUUACUGAAUGCAUGUGCCCUACCCUAAAGUGAUAGAAUGUUGUACAGCAGGGUCGAUUGUAUAAAUUUCAUAACACGAUUUUGAUAUUGGUUAAUUUCGCACGAACUGUAAAGUUUAAAGUGCACCUAACCUCAAUUAUUUUUAUCAUCUCAUUCUUAAGAACUUCUGAAUUGAUAUAAUAACUUGUUUUGAAGAUUUUCGGUUGCUCAUUUUGUUUCCGAGAUAUUUCAGUUUGGUAUGCGAAUAUCCCGAAUUUACGUCACAAAUGCAUAAUGACUUAAAGUAAAAGCUUGUAUAUCGUGUUCACUAUCGAGUUAAAAUGAAAAAGUUUGGAUUUGUGGGAGGACUACAUACCUACAUGUUAAACACCAUUUAGCCUUUUCAUUUCGUGAUAUUUUUAACUGUACCUUACAUUCUUUGAUCAGUCAUUAUUCACAUGUGACGUAAAUUCCGGACAUUUGCAUAUCAAUAAAACUGAAAUAACUCUGAGACAAAGUGUGCAAACGAAAAUCUUCAAAAUAAGUUACAAUAUAAUUUCAAAGGUUUUUAGGAAUGAGAUAUUAGAAGAAUUGAGGUUAGGUACACUUUACCUUUUUACAACCUGGCCCAGAACUCAUGUGAGUAGAGUAGAGUCUCCCCUACGCUCUCUGAGAGCAUGGUUAGAUCGUGCAGAGGUACAACCUCGUUUCCAGGGUCUAAGAAACACCCUGGUACCGAGGUUGGCAGAGGUAGUGCAUGUUCUUAUUGAAUAUGGGCUAGCCUAAAUUGUUACCUGAUGUUGUACAGAACUCAACUGCUGAAUAGAAUUAAAUCUAUUCUUUGCCCUCUGGGUUAAGCAUGAUUAUAUCGCAGAGGUAUAGUGCAUGUUCUUGAAUAUUGUGAGCUAGCAACAUAAAAUGAUCUGAUGUUGUACAGAAUAUUUGAAUAUAGAUUCGGUAUUUCUUGCAGUUAAUGCAAGCUAUCGCUUCUCCCGCCCACUACACUCAUUGCCCCUGGGUGAAUGAUGUAAAAUGAUUGUCAGAUAAUUAUAAGUAAUAGCAUGGCUUGAGGGAGAUUAGUGAUUAAAUGGCCCCGUAACCCGAGGCAGGUUUGCGGAAUUCCCGAG